CCCGCAUUAGCUCUGUGGUUCAGUCCAUCUUCAGGAUUCUUGCGUGUUGCUCUGAUCACACCGUCUUGACAAUGUCCAUCUGUCACAACUUUUAGUUUAAUCUGUUAAAAUUACAAUAGUAAAAUUCUGUAAGUAGUCCAGAACUAUGGCAGGCGCCGUGACUACCCGAGCGCAGCGGAAGGAUGAUACCAGCUAUAAGUUACAUUUCCGAAUGAUAAACGAGCAACAAGUGGAGGAUAUCUGUAUUGAUUUCUUCUACAAGCCACACACUAUCACACUGCUGACAGUUACUGUGCUCAGCUUGAUGUACUUUGCGUUUACCAGGGAUGAUGAGCACUCAGACAACAAUCUUCGAGUUGGUCUUGUUGUGGUUGUCUCCUUCUUCCUGGUCAUCAGUGUCCUGGCCUUUCCUAAUGGACCUUUUACCAGGCCGCACCCUGCCAUAUGGCGAAUAGUGUUUGGUCUGAGUGUCCUUUACUUCCUGUUUCUUGUCUUCCUCAUCUUCCUCAACUGGGACCAGGUCAAGACUCUGAUGUACUGGCUGGACCCAAAUCUGCGCUAUGCCACACGGGAAGCUGACAUCAUGGAAUAUGCUGUGAACUGCACAACGAUUACGUGGGAGCGCAUCCUGAGCCACUUUGACAUCUUUGCAUUCGGCCACUUUGCAGGCUGGGCCAUGAAGGCUCUGCUCAUCCGCAGCUACGGCCUCUGUUGGACCAUCAGCAUCACCUGGGAGCUCACUGAGCUGUUUUUCAUGCACCUUCUGCCAAACUUUGCGGAGUGCUGGUGGGAUCAGGUGAUACUGGACAUACUCUUAUGUAACGGAGGAGGCAUCUGGCUGGGUAUGACCGUCUGCCGCUUUUUGGAGAUGAGGACCUACCAUUGGGCCAGUAUCAAGGAAAUCCACAGCACCACAGGGAAAAUAAAGCGAGCCGUGCUCCAGUUCACCCCAGCCAGUUGGACCUAUGUGCGCUGGUUCGACCCAAAGUCAUCCUUCCAGAGACUAGCAGGCAUCUACCUCUUCAUGAUCUUAUGGCAGCUGACAGAGCUGAACACAUUCUUCCUCAAGCACAUCUUCGUCUUUCAGGCCUCUCACCCGCUCAGCUGGUGUCGUAUCCUCCUUAUUGGAGUCAUCACUGCACCCACAGUACGGCAAUAUUAUGCAUACCUGACAGACACUCAGUGUAAACGAGUUGGCACACAAUGUUGGGUGUUUGGAGCCAUCGCUUUCCUGGAGGCUCUCGCUUGUAUGAAAUUUGGACAUGACUUGUUUUCCAAAACACAAAUUCGCUAUGUACUCCUGUGGCUACUCUGUCUGGCACUCAUCACACUUCUGUGUUUAUAUGGAAUGGUGUGGUAUGAGCAAAAUAAAAUGAAGAGCAUCUCUCUGCAAAGUGAGGACUGUGAUGACAGCAGUGUUGUCGACUCGUGUGGCUUCAUCCCAGAUGGUGUUGCAGGUCAGAGGGAGUCUUUGAGAAGUUUGCAACGUACAAAACGGAGGAGAGCGACAGGGAGGAACAGAUUUGCGAAUGACCAUGGAGGAAAGAGACAAUAAACAACACUGACACUGAGUAGUCAUAUCCUCUGUGUUGGUGAAGAUUAGUGAUGGAAGACUAAACAAGCCAACAAAUUUAUAUGCUAUUCCAACUUAUCAAGUUAUAAUAGCUAUGGGAGUCAACGAGCUGAAAGCGCCAUAGACCUGCAGACUGAUUCUCUAUGGAACUGCAAUACUAGCAAACCUUUAAGAUUGUAUGAGAAGGUCAAAAUUGAUAGAUAUGAGUAGAUAAUAAUAAGGAAUAUGCACUGGAUUUUGAAAAAUAAAGAUCAGAUUGCCUUGGACUAUAAAAACUAGCAAUUUUGCACUGUGGGACAUGUGCAUACAACCAGUCAGGGGUGUGCCAUCUUUAUAAGUGUGGUCUGGUUUGCAAACCUGUUUGCACCACCACCCUGAGUAUAUACUGUAUGUGCUACAGGUACUUGGAUUUGUUUGCACUUAAUCUUUAACUCUUUGUUUUUGUUUAUUACUGUGCACUGAAUUUAAUAGCUUUACUAAACUAAAGAGCACAAUUAUUGUUGUGUAUUAUGUGUUAACUUUGUGGAUUUGAUGUCGUUGUGUUUAUAUAAUAUUUGCCAAAAGUGACCAAAUUUCUAUAAAUAAGUAAACUACUGGUAUAUACAGCACAGUCUUAUUUUCCUCAAUUAAAAUAGCAUCAUUGCAGAAGAUUUUUUUGUACUUUAAAUGAGAGGAACAACCAACAGUAACUGAACCAACUGUAGCCUUACAUUGUUAACCUAUUAAGCUUUCAUCAGUGUGAUCAUUGCACUGUUGUGAUGUGUGUUAUUUUUGCAAUUUUUGUGCGUGUUUGUAAUUAGGGAGAGAAGUAAGCAGUGUAUGUGUAUGGUGUGGUGACAGAAUACUGUGACAUUCAAUGCAAUAGCACUGUGGUGACAUUCAACAGCAGAGGAUAAUCACUUGUGAAAUGAUCCUUUUCAAACGCAGUUGUUGUUGUUGUUGCUUUUUAAUGAUCCAAAUUAAUACAAUGUGAAGUUAAUAUAACACAGUAAGUGACUGGUUCACAUAAGCUGUUACUGAAUGCUGCAGUACAGUUUCAUUAAGUGUUAACCAAUAACUAGUGUUAGUAAGCUCAUGUCUGCUGAUUAAAUUUUUAUUUACAUUUUUUCAAUGAAACCUCCUUAAACAGUAGCCUGCUGCAGUGAUUCCAGUAUUUUGAGUUUCUACUAUUUACUUUGUUUAAUAUAAAAUGUUUUGUGUACCUUCAGAUGCACUACUUGUUAUUACAGAUGUUUGAUUUUAUAUGGGUGGGUUGUUUUUGUACACAUAAUUAAAUGAUUACAAAUCAUAAA